AUGUCUACUAUCCGUCAUCUUAUGGAGAACUUGUCCAUUAUCGGACACCUUCGCGAGAAAAACAAGGGAAAGGUUCAAGAAAACAUCCAGAAGCUCUUCAACAGCCUCAUGUUGAACGACAAAGUAUCGAUGGACGCUAAGGACCUGCAAAGUCUCGAUCUCCGCUCCUUUAACCCAGAAGAGGAGAAUCUUCAGCUCCCUUCUCAAUUUUUUAAGCCCUGGUCCCUGUCCAAGUUGCAACAGCAUGAGAAGAACCUUGAGGAUAAAAAGGCGAGUGACAUGCUUCAUUCCUUUGAAACUGUCAUGAGAGAAGGAGACCCAUUUUUGAUGGAGCAUGGAGGCUAUGAGACCUGGAGACGGACCCGGAGUCUUUGCACUCGUCUGGCAUGGGAAGUGCAAAUGUUCCCAAGAAAAGGGACCACGGGAAACUGCCUCGCUCUGAAGAGCCUCACUCACUGGCGCUGCUCCGAGUGA